AUGGGCUACAACGAUGAUGGUAACGACGACAUGAGCUCGCCCCCUCCUCGUGUUGACGACAACGAGAAUUUUGAAUUCGACGAUCCGCCAUCUUUCCCGCCGCCUCUGCCGCCUCGAAUUGUUUAUCUGCCCUCCAACCAGCCCGUGUGUCUUACUACUCUGACCUUGCCAGUAAUGUCGUAUUCCAUCCCAGCAACGCGCUUGCCACCUAAUCGCAGCACUGAAUCGCUCCAUACACAAAGGAUCCGCUUAAAGCCUGCCGAAGUUUUGGCAGCUCGAGGUAUCACCUCGCUAGUAUGGGCGGGAAAUGCACUCUCUUUCGUUCACUCUGCCCAUACAGGGCUUGGAGAACUUCAACCUAUUGUGGAAGAUAUACAGCGCCUCUGGAAAACCGGAAAACCGGCGCCCUUUUUCUCGGUCGACGUGAACGACCAAACUCGCACACUCGCACUUGGCAAUUUCUCUCCAAAAAUACGGUUUCCUACCCUGCCAGCCUUUAUAGACUCGCUCGUCACGGUCCCCUUGGAACCCCCGUUGGGUUACUUUCAUUCCCAGUUGGCCGGGUUUAUGAGAGGUUAUUUGUCAUACCCUUGGGUAUUGGUAACAAAUUGGUACUUGUUUCUUCUCAUCCAAAAGACGGCGCUUAAAGUCUUAGUAGUACCUAUUCAGACUUGUUUCGGACCGUCAUCCCUCCGAAUGGCUGGCAGCCUGCCAACGAUGCGGCAGAAGGAGCACAAGGAAUUACAUGUCAACUCGGGUGAUUUCAUGAAGAAGUAUGCGGAGGCUGAGCUCACGAUUCGGCAGCUGACUCUGGUCGCCUCCAACAAAGUUGCGUGGCAACUCGGCACCGAAUCGCGAUUUAAUUACGGUUAUACAAAAUUCACACUCUUUUACUCGGCUCAAGAAGAAAUUGGGAGGUACAAGCCUACGGACGAAUUAAGGCAUGCGCGUGUGUAUCUGGGACUUGGGUUGAUUUUUGAUUUAUUCUCUCUGAUUGGCGGUGGAAAUAUCAUCAUUACGCCUGUGACCAACGUUGAGGUUACCCUCUCUGCGAGCAGUGAUAAGGCUUCCUCGGUUCACGCUACGAGCCUGGCCACGUAUACCGCCCCGGCUCCCGAUUUCUCGUCACGCGGAUCAAAUUACGGCCAAAACAUGCAAGAAACCGCUAACUUAUUUGGUACCCAUCAGCAUAUAAAAGCAAGUAUCAUGAAGACCUUCGGCAUCUCUACCUUCGUAACUCUCGCUGUUCUCGUCCACCAGUCCUCCGCCGCACAGUGCAGGUGCUUUGGGCGUGAAAAUUUAGAGACCAUGAUGUCCUCCAUGGUUUGCUGCCGUCAAGUCAUGGAUGCUAACCUCACGAAGGGUGACGGCUCAGUGCCGUGGUGCGAAGUAGUUGGGGAGAGAUAUUCGGGCGCCUUUAAGAGCUGUUGCGACGCGCGUGAAGGCAAUGUGUCUUGCAUGUAA